AUGGCUGUGAUGCAGACAGCAAUAGCAAUAAUUCAGGAGCCUUGGCUCCUGAAUAACACUAUAAUGGGUCUGAGUGGCUGUGGUACUAUCUAUAAAGCAGACACUCAGAACAAAAUUAGGACCUGUAUUGUAACUAAGAAACUAAAUGCUAUUUUUAUGUCACAGCUCAGCGACGGAGACACCACUGUUAUACGGACAAGGGUGGACUACGACGAGGACAAGUAUUUGGAUCUACUCAUAGAGUCAGCUUACAUGACCUAUGACUCCCAAGAAGAACCACCACCUAAAAACGUAAGGGAACUGGUGUCCUACGCGAAGGAGAGGGGGCUUGAACUCCUAUUGGGCUGUGAUGCAAACUCCCACCAUAUAGGGUGGGGGAGCACGAACAUAAACCCGAGGGGAGAGAGCCUCCACAAAUUCAUUAUGGACGUCAGUCUGAUGAUCCUAAAUAGAGGAACGGUACCCACCUUCAUGGACUGUAGAAGACAAGAAGUAUUAGACAUCACCAUUAGUACUGGGGGAGUGGCGGACCUGGUGCGGGACUGGAGAGUCUCUGGAGAGCCCUCGGGCUCUGACCACAGGCAGGUUCGCUACAAUCUCAGAUAUAUGGUGAAUAAAGAAUGGGGUCGAAACCCAAGAACUACAAACUGGGAAGGCUAUAGGAUGGACCUGGAGGCCAUCCUGAAGAAAGCCCCGAACAAAUUUCACUCAGAAGAAAAUCUUGAAUACGCGGCGCAGUUUGUAAGUGACGCGAUAAAAGAAGCCUAUGAAGGAAAUUGCCUGGAGAGACCGAAAUACUCUACAACCAAAACUCCCUGGUGGAGCAAGGAGCUUUCAAAGCACAGGUUGGAAGUAAGAAGACUCUUCAAUAAAGCAAGGAGGAAAAACUCAACAGCCGAUUGGGAAGCGUAUAGAAACGCCCAACGCGGCUAUAGCAAAGCAAUAAUCAUUGCCAAAAAAAAAGCUGGAGGGAUUUCUGUAAAAGCAUUGAGAGCGCUUCAGAAGCAUCCAGACUAA